AUGAUAUUCCCUUGGCGCCAUUGGAAUUGGCUUCUGGUCAUACUCCAGACUGUAGCCUGCUUUCCGAUUUCGGAUACUUUGGAAUCUGGGAACUUUUCUAGAUCUCGUCGCGCUCCCAAAGGCGACAAACUCUCCCCGCUGGUUUUGAACUUCCAAACCCUCGCUCGUCUCAUCAAUGGAGUAUCCAUGGAAGCUGGACUCCUCACUGGACUCAUACCUUCCGAAGAUCUGGUCUCCGAACUCCUUCAUAUGGGAUCUAUCAAACCAAAACAUAUCAUCAACCUGGAUUCAAAGAUUCUGAACGAUGCAUUGACUGGACUGGCCGAGCUUCCCACUAAACUGAAAAGCACUACUGAGAUAGGCAAUCUAGAGGCUCGGUUCGUUCUUUUAGAGGAUGUCCGGACAAAUUCCUCAUUUGUACAUCACUUUAAAAAUUACACGGGACGAGUUGACUAUAACACUCACUUGGAAGAUGCUCAGAAGUUGGAUGGUUUCAAAAACGAAAUACAGAAGAUGAAAAAUGAGGCGAAUGCGUUGAAUUCAGCACUCCUGAAUACGGUUACUAAAACAGAAGCAAAUGUUAGCAAGGUGGCUAUUCUUUUUCCAUCUGUACAUGAUAAUCUUCUUGACACGGAAACAGGGAUCCAAGGAUUCGGUGAAGUCGUUGAUCUGGUUGAUAAAAUUCUUCUGACUAGAGACUCGUCAAAGUUUAUUGACUUAUUCGAACUGGAGAAUGAAAAUCGUAUCAAGCUCAAAGACAGUCAAUUAAUCGACGAAAAGGCCAGAUCAGAAUUUGUGGAGAACAUGAAGCAAGUAUACACUAGUCGUACGAAUGCUCAGAAGGCACAGGACGGUCUCAAAACUAUUCAUCAACUCACUACUGAGAGCAACAAAAGGCAAAAAACCUUUUUGUACACAUCCGGUUUCAUCAAUCAGUUUGAGGAUCUGGACACGUUGGCAAAGGAUAGUGAGAAUGGUUGGAUUGCGGGUCAUAUGAAUCAGAGUAAACUUGUGUCAGAGAGCUUGAAGAAAGCAUUUGGCGCACUGGAUUCUCUGAAAACUGCAUUGAAUAGUGUACGAACGAAGUGGAUACCAUUAAAUAAACCCGCGAAUCAAAAAUCGUUUGAGGUUGUCCAAAACGAUCAACUGAAUAUUGCACAAGUACCAGAUAACCCUGAAGAUGUAUAUAAAACAGUAUCUGCAUUCUUGGAAUGCGAUGAAAAUGUUGAUUACCCGGGAAAAGUCAGAACAGUUGAUGAUGUCAAAGCGAAAAUUGAGGAGUUGUCAGGUUUAAUGCAAAAAAUUGAAAAUAUGGAUUACUUUGAAAGCCUCAAGGAUUUGUCCAUUUUGAAGGCUCUUGUCGAUGUCACUGGAAAGAACGAUGAUCAGAAAAAAGAGCUUGGCCUGAAGUUGAUCAAGAUCAUGAAAUCCGAAACUCCAGAAAAGAAGAUGAUCCAAAAUUUGAAGCGACUUGAGACCAACCUUGAUGUUCUCCUUUCUGUGAGUCCUCAAAUCAAUAAGCUAGCUAAAGAAAUGGAUCUCACGGUCCCUGACAAAUUACACAAUGAUCUUGCCAAAAAGAGUUAUUUGGAAAUUUAUACUUGCUUAGAAAAGAUUGGAGAUAGUGGAAAAGCAGUGAAGGAUAUGGUUCAGAUGAUUCAGAAAAUCAGAACUAACAAAAAAGGUUCAGAAGAUAUAAUUGUCAAGGGCGUUUUGGAAUCUGUCGAUUAUCUGAAGGAUGUCAAGAAAUCGGCUGAUAAAAUGAAAGAAGUGAGGGCACCAGAAGCAUUGGCUUUGAAUUCAAGUUUUCCGGAUUCUCAAAAGUUUUCGAAUAUGAUUGGAAUGGCUGUGAGAGGAUUAACUUCAAUUCUGGAAAUCCAUCAGAAGAGGGACGUCUUGAAGCCAUUUUUAGAGAAUAUGGAUGAUAUCAAAAAUGAUGCAAAGGCCAAGAAACUGACUCCAGAACAAGAACAAAGGAUUAAAGACCUAGCGAGAAUCAAGGAGGAACUGAUGAAGACGUUGGCGGCGAUUGAUAUAUUCAGAAAAAAUUUGGAUGUUGGGAAAAUGAGAAGAAAGAGAAGAAGGGCGUACAGGAGACCCAGAAAUGCUAAAAUCCCAAAUUUCAAAAGUUUGCAAACGGUCCUCAAGAAUGCUGCAAAGAUUCCAGGAGUCAUAUUCGUAUCGGAAAAGGAACUGGAGGAAAUCAAGAAGACCAUGAACGCUCUGAACACUGCCAACUCAAAGAACGCAGUCACUGCUCUCGAAAGUCUGCAAAAUUUGAACCUGGACUUUUCUGGCUUUGGAUUCCAAGGCGCCAUUGCAUCUCUAGCAGCUAUUGAUCGCUUUUUUGAAUCCUACAGUAAGGCAAUGUACAAAGCAUCUUCCUCUGGACCUCAAUCGAUUUCUGGUGGCUCCAAUCAAUCGAUGCCUCAACGGUCUCCAGUUUCGCAAUGGUAUGAGGAUCCAGCAGUGAUGGCUCCGACUGGUGUUGGUGUUGUAUUUGUUGGAUUGGUGAUCUUUUUCAUUUUGCUAUGGCUUGGAUACUGUAGAUGCCUGUGCUGCAAGAAAGAAGGAAAAUAUAAUGAGCUGGAUAGAGACGAUACGCAACGCGACGAAGACGACUAUUUUUCCGUUGGAAAAACCGUUUACACCUCAAUUAUGGCACAAAACAGCAACAACAAGACACCACAUUACUGGGCAAAGGAGGUAUUGGGACAUUUGAAAGGAUUGGAAAAGUUGAAGAUUACUGAUGCGGAUAAAAAGGAAAAUAUUGCGGAGAGACGAUAUGAGGAACUCAUCUGUAUAAAGGAUACGGCAGUCAGUCUGAAUGGGUUUGAUGAUCCAUUCAUCAACGCCAACGUGAUGAAGUUUGAGAAGAAGGGCUCGUGCAUCAUGUCACAAGCACCUCUGGAUGGGAAUGAACAGAUUCGAAAUCAAAACGGGGUAUUGGUAUAUCAGAACCCAAGAAAGAAGAGUACAAUUGAGAAGCACUGGGCAAUGAUUGAUCAGUAUAACGUUCAAGGUCUGGUAAUGACUUGUGCGUUCAUCGAGAAUGAUAUUAAAAAAUGCCCCGCGUAUUUUCCUCUCGAGGAGGGAGGAGAAGUGGAAUUUGGACGGUAUAAAAUCAAAACCAUCAGCGUUGAAAAGAAUUUGAAGCAGUUUACGGACAAGAAGAACUUUACUCUCUACACCAUAGAGUACAAAAAUACCCUUCAACCCCAGCAACCGCCAAAAUCGCUUAAGCUACUUCAAUACACCGGAUGGCCCGAUCAUGGAUCGCCAACUGAGCCAGAACCAGCGUUGGAGAUUUUUAGCUUUAUAAAUCAAUUCGAAAAUGGGAAUGUUCUGAUUCACUGUCAUGCUGGAAUUGGUAGAACUGGAACGCUGGUUGCUCUGAAGAAUGGAAUGGAAAUGGUUAAAACGACCAAGAACUUGAAUAUUAUCGAAGUAUUGUUCCCAGUCCGCAAAUGUCGCUACAAUUCUAUCCAGACACCGGAUCAGCUCACCUAUUUGGCACUUUGUAUGACAAAAGCCACAAUGAAAUCCAGAAACGUUCCCUAUCUCAAAGAAUUCGACGCUCUGCAGUACUUCCAUAAUAAGGUAGCAACCGGAAAGUACAACUUGACGGAGAAAGAUCAAUGUGAUGAGGCGUUCAUGGAGAGGUUCUGUGCGGAGGAUAAGGCGGAAAUGGAGGAGUACUGUAAGAGAAAACGAGAAGAGUAUGAGGCGGCGGAAAAAAAGAGAAAGGAGAAGGAAAAGGAGUUGGGUCCACCAGCAAAGAAUGGCAAGAAGUCAAAGGAGAUGAGCAAGGAACAGAAGAAGAAGUCAAAGGAGAAUCCGAAGAAUGGUCAGAAAAAGGAUCAGAAGAAACCAAAACCAGCAGUGAAGAAGUAG